ACUGUUUUAAUAGUUCAUUUACGUCAAAAUCAAACAAAUAUGUUUGUGAACGGCGAACCGAUCAUACAGCGAUGCCCAGUUGUCGGUAAUUUCGAAGAGACAGGAUGGAAUCUGCAGUGCCCCAUGGUUAGUCAGUGCUCUAGACAGCCAGUGAACAAUUUAUGCAAUUACGAUGUGUACAAUGGCUACAGUGAUAUAUCAGUGCAGUGCUAUAAUAGAACUAAUUAUGUUCAGGAUAAUGUACUAACACAACAGUACUAUCAACAAAAUGUUGCGUAUACUCAACCGGUUCAGCAUUAUCAAACCAAUCUUAGUUGCCAUCAAAUACAAGGAAAACAAAAUGUUUAUACUCGACCGGUAACGGAGUUUCAGACUACCCUACCUUGCCACCAAAGGCCAGAGUGGGAUUACAAUAGCAUGUGCUAUAACGUCGAUGGGCAAGCAUGUCAAUACACUGACGUGGUUGAUCUAGAAGAUUUUAUGAACAAUGAGAAACGCAAGGAGAAGUCGCGCGUCGCGGCUCGAUGUCGUCGCACCAAGGAAAUGCAGAUCUUCUCCGAGCUGACCGCCGCGUUGCCGGCUAAGAAAGAGGAGGUUGAACAGCUGGACAAAGCCUCUGUCAUGCGUCUAGCUAUCUCAUACCUACGGGUGCGAGACGUCGUGUCCAUGCUGCCCGAAGACAAAGAAGCACCUAAAUUGCUGAGUCCUAAAGGUUUAGAGGAGGUGCAGUCUGAACUUUCAUACAUGAAGGCAUUGGACGGUUUCGUCCUGGUGCUGUCGCAGCAAGGCGACAUCGUGUACUGCAGCGAGAAUAUUGCAGAUCAUCUCGGAGUGUCGCAGAUGGAGAUAAUGGGCCAAAGUGUGUUCGAGUUCAGCCACCCAUGCGACCACGACGAGAUUCGCGAGUCUUUACGCCCGGGCAAAGACGGGAGGCGCGACUUACUUCUACGCCUCAAAUGCACCCUCACCAGCAAAGGAAGGAAUGUGCAUCUCAAAUCGGCUUCUUAUAAGGUGAUCCACGUAACGGGCCACAUGUUAACCCCAACCGAAGAAAAAAUAAAGGAGCAGGACGUCGGCUCUGAUUCAGAGGAAGAUAAAAAAGAAGUUAAAAAGUGCAGCAGCACAGGAGCGUUGGUCGCCGUUGGCAGGCCGAUACCGCAUCCCUCCAAUAUCGAGACCCCGCUGAACAACAUGACCUUCCUCACUAAACACAACUUGGACAUGAAGUUCACUUAUACAGACGAAGGGUUAAUGAACAGCUUGGGAUACGAGUUCGAAGAACUGGUUGGUCGUUCUCUAUACGACUAUCAUCACGCUGCCGACAGUGCUGCCUUGGCACAGCAUUUCAAAUCAUUGUUCUCAAAAGGACAAUGCGAGACUGGGCAGUACCGCUUCCUCGCCAAGACCGGCGGCUACGUCUGGGUUCAAACUCAGGCUACUGUCAUCACAGACAAACAGCAAAAGCCGAUCAGCGUGAUAUGCGUCAACUACAUCAUCAGCGGUAUCGAGUUCAAAGAUGAGGUGUUUGCUGCACACCAAGUGCAGCACGCGGAUCUGAAGCCAAUAGUGGCUCCGAUCGCUCCUGCACCUGCCCAACCACAAAUCUGCGUAAGCUCUGAGCCACCUAACGGUGCUAUAGUGGGCAUAGUUGUCCCCGAAGAGGAGCGUCCUAUACCCGUUACAGAGCAAAUAUUUGUACCCAGAAAGAAAGAAAUGAACAAAGGAUUUCUCACGUUUUCUGGAAACGACGGACUUACAAGUGAGUGGCACUUGAACAGCAAAAGCUUAGUGCUUAAAGAAGAGCCUGAUGAUCUGACGCAUUUAGCACCGACGGCUGGUGAUGCUUGUAUUUCCCUGGAGAACAGUCCUUUCGAUAUGUUCGAUGAUUUUAUGUUAAACGACAAUUAUUGCAGUCUACUUGGUGAUGAUUUGGCAAAUGGAUCCCCUGUAGAUUCUUUGAUAGCAGACUCUUUACUGUCGUCCCCUGAACCACAGGAAACCGAAUCAUCAUGUGAACAGUCGUCACUCUUAACGGAACUUUCAUUAGAUGCGUUCGACAAUAACCGUUCAGAUAAUGACAUUGACGAUGGAAACUCACCGUUUAUCCCAAUCACCGAUGAGCUCCCGCUAUUGGAACCGGCAGUCAUGUGGGGGGUUCUUCCGGAUAAUGUCAGUCAAGCAAAACCACAACCAUCUGAAGUGCAAACUUCGGCACCAGCACUGCAACGUUUACUGGCAGCACCCCCGACUGGGCCGCCUCCCCAGGACAUUAUUACAAACAUAUAUUCAGAUCCAGGUCUAAUUCCGAGCAGAAGUAUUUCUUCGUGGGACACGCGUGUAAAGAGGGUGAUGAAGCAGGAAGAAGAGCCGAUUGCGAAACGUGCCAAGCGUAGUCCAUCCCCGGCAGUACCGACUGCGAGCACACCGUCCUCAAGCGUCCUCAUGAACCUCUUGGAUAUACAUCCGCAAGCGAAGAAGCAGAUCCGUCAACAGCUUCGCUCCAACUAUCAAAUGUUCGCCAACAAAAACAUCCCGGUUCCCGUCAUAAACAUCAUACAGUCGGCGCCGAAUGCACAGAUGCGUACCAAUACACUCGUAUCUAACACCCCAAUACGUACAAGUGUAGCGAGCAACGUAAUGUCUCCACUAAGUUUAAACGUGGGUAGUCCAAUGUAUUCACUACCAUCGAGCCCAAACACUCCGUGUUACAGCCCAGCUAUAAGUCCGGCGCAAAAGGAUCGCGUGUUAAGCCCCUAUUCCACUCCCCAAUCCUUAUCACCCGCCGGCAGUUAUCAAAUGUACAGUCCAAAUAGGCUUCUAUCACCGUCUGGCGUUAUGCAAGGCUACGAUCCAUAUCUUAAUAACAAGAUGCAAACGAGUCCAAGCUUUCGUGUCCAAUCGUCGGAAAUGCUCCUCGAUUCCAACCUGCCGCUAGCCUCUACGGAUUUUUGGCCCGACUCGGAAAUGUUGCAAGACCCAAGCGACUUGCUCUCAGCAUUUGACGACGUUAAACUAGCUUAAAAAUUUCGAACGGAUGAGUGAUUGGAGAGUGAUUUCUCGUUUCCGUUGGAUGAUUGUGGGAGGAUAUGAAUACUGUCUUAGUUUAUCUAUUGAAAGCGUUACGGUAUCUCAACUUGUUUUUCAUAAAACUGGGUUUUGUCUCAAAUUGUUCAAAACUUCACACAAACAUUCCAAGAGUUUUAUACAUUAGUGGCGAGCGGGUGAGAAUAAUAUACAACGUGUAAAUGAAAACAGAAAUAAUACUUUACUUUACAUCAUUUAAUGUCUCU